AUGCCACCAGCCGCCCAUCCUCCGGUCGCGUACAGUAUCACCCAACAUUAUCAUCACUCCUCGCAUGUGGCCCGCUGCACAUAUCCAGCAGGAUUACCGGAGCAGGAUGAGUCCUUGGACCCUAACGUGACUCCAAGCCCAGUACAUGAAAUGCUGAGAUUACAAAACAUCAACCCAUUAUCCCUUACUCCCACACAGCUACAGUUAUUUGAGAAUGCAAUGCCGGAGCAACGAUCACGCUUAAUCCAGAUCUGGCAAAUCUUCCCAGAGUCCAGAGAUGCAUCCACCGACCCAAGCAUGGAGAGGGUGACUCAGUCGAGCUCCGAGCUGUGUGCAUAUUCUUCAGGUGGGGCAGCGAUCAACGCACGGGGUUCAAACAUAUCAACUCAUACGGGUUAUAUUGAUUAUUUGGAUAUGUGUGACUCAAUGCACGAUGGAGGUAACGAUGACGAUGAAAACCAGUAUGCCGAGCCAUAUAUGGUUUCCGGCUAUGAGGUUCUUGCACAGAGAGACUAUGAGGCAUGUGCAGGUAAAAUCGAGCCUGUGAUGAAUGAGCCGACGACGGGGUCACCGUAUAAGUUGUCAAACGACCCUAUCUAUAGGGCUCAGGGUCAUCGAUGGUGGGAACAGAUACGUUGA